CAGGAGUGGCCCUGCCCGGGGGCUUCACCCUGAUCCAGCUCCCUAAGCAUGGAGAUCCUGAAGGUGUGCCUCGUCCACCUGAACUGGUCAGAAACACAGGCAUGGGUGAGGUGUCCGCAGGCAGAUCUUCACAUCAAGGAGAUCCCCGGCUGGAGACUAAACCUUUAUCCGGGACUGGAGGGGAGAAGUCCCAGAACCAGAAAGGGACCUUGUCUUCUCCGACCGUACCAUCAGGCUUGAAGCCAGUUAAAACAGAAGACCACUCCUACACCCCAGUGUUAUGUACCAACACACCCGGCCCCAGGUCAAACCUAGACCAGAAGAAACCGAGUCUGACCCAGUCAAAGGUCCUGAAAUCUGACCCUAGAUCAGCCAAAGCUGACUCCCCUCGUGCCACAGAGCCCAACGAGCUGACCUGUGAUGAGCAGAUGCUGUCGGAUGAGAGUGAUUCCGAUAGGGUGGGGGAGAGGGGCGAGGUGGGCGAGGGCUUGCCACUUUGGAGUCCAGAAUCGUUCAGUCGGUUUGCAACUCUCCACCCUGACAUUAAGGUCGAGGAGUCCGAUUCAGACGACUCGUCGGACGACUCCGAUUCGGACAGCGAAGAAAGUGCCUCGGAGGAAGAGGAGGAAGCCAUCGACAUCGAGACAGUGGAGAGGAAACAUGGAAUCGCCAUCGCCAAGAUGAGAGCCGCGGUCAAACACACCCAAAAAAAUUAUGAGGAUGACAAAACCGUGACAAAACCAAAAGAAAAGCGCCGGAGAGAUAAGCGAGAGGAGGCGGGUUCGGGGUCCGGCGAUAGAGGGGUCCUCAAGAGCCGAACCCUGACGGAGAGGCUGCGUCGUGGCGAGCACCAGAAACUCUUCACCAGACUUAAGCAAGUGCUGUUCAUGGAGGAGAUGGACCCCAAGGUCUCCAAGCUUCACCUCCUCUCACAGGCUCUGAAGGAGAUUCGUACCCUGUCUGUGGACUCAGCAUCUCUGGAGGAGAAGAAGAGGAUGCUUAUGGAGAUCCAGUCUGCCUACGUCAAGGAGAUCGCAUAUAUGUCUGGGAAACCAGAGCAGCUGAUCAAGGCCAAGCUGACCGAGAUCUGGGAGAAGAAGAGGGCUUUGGCAGCCCAGAGGAGAGCAGCUGUCCCCCCUACAUCCAAGCCCUCCACCUCCGCUACCAUCUCCUCCACACCCAGUCCCAACACCCUGACAGCAGCAUCCCAGGUGCCUCGGGCUAGCUGUCUGAGUCCGACAGGGGCAGCAAGCGGCACUGUGAAACCGGUGGCUGCCGUUCUGCGCACGAAGAGCGGCAAGAUCAUCCUUCCCGCCUCCAUGCUUCCCCCUUCCAUGCUUCAUGCUUCCAGACCAGGAAGAGCGGUCUACAAACUGAAGGUUGUGAAGAGGUCACUGACACCCACCCCCUCCUCCAGCUCCACCUCCCUGGCAAAUGACCACGUUGUGGCGAGCGAGAGUGCCGAGGAAAAGGACUCCGCACCCCCGACCAUUCAUCCCUCACAGCCCCUCUCUCAGACCCAUGACCAACUGCCCUCCGUGUCAGUCUUAAACGACCAGGGGAGAACGUCAGGGGAGUCCCAGCAGCCCUCAGACGGCCCAGCAGAGGAGAACCCAGAGGUGGGUAAUGAGGAGCCUCAGGCCCCUGACUUUAAUGGGUCCAUGGACGAAGAGACUCUCACGGUGAAGGACAGUCGCCCAACUGCCAAAAAGAAGUCCCUGAUCAAUAAAAAGACAAUCAAGAGGAUUUCUGGUAUGAAGUGUCCCCUUGUGGAGAUCGCGCCUAUAAACAGUGCCAUCUGGAGGCCACUGGAGGAACCGCAGGUAGGGGGUGAGAGUGACCCAAAUGGCUGGGGCCUGUCGCUGACCAAGGAAGAGGCAGCGAGGCUGGUGAAGGCCGUCUCUGAUCACAAGGGCAUAGUGGCGACCAGGAAAUCCAAGGAUAGCCUGGUCCAACACAAAGGAAGUAAAAGCUCUGCGACCUCGAAGGCUGAAGGUAGCUCGGCAAAAAACAAAAAGGAUUGCACACCACCACAAAAAGAAGAGGAUGGCACAGUCUCCCGGCAAGAAGGCGAGGUUCCAGACAUGCAGAAAGUAGAGGAUAGCUUGAACGCACCGAAGGAAAAUGACCUGUCAAAUGCAGAGAGGGCCGAGGGGGGCUCUGCAACAUCAAAGGAAACAGGUGGUGCGACGCAGGAGGCAGCAGGAGGUGCGGCCACACAGGGAGGCGCGGCCACACAGGGAGGCUCGCCGGGUGGCUUUGAGAUUCCACUUGUGAAGAGAAAACGAGGGCGGCCACGAUCGGCAGUCAAAACACCAGCAGCCGAACACACCGCAACCAGCCUUGCCACGAGGGGUCGGCCCCCUAAAGUCCCACGCGUUGGCAUCGAUAGCCCCGCGGCAACCACUGAGGCUAGCCCGGCCGACGAAAGGCAAGGCGCACGCAGCAACUCCACCCCCACUUCUCGACCUGGGUGUAGCCCCGUGAAGAGAGCUGCAGGUAGCCCCGCUACCCGGGGCAGGCCACCCAAACUACGGAAAGCUGGAGACUGCCCCAGCCCGGCCCCAGUAGCUCGGGCCGGGUUAAGCCCGGGGAGAUCGACACGCGCCGGGGGCAGCCCCGUGGUGAAGACUGAGGGUGGCGUAGUCAAACCACCGCGAGGAGAAAGCCCUGCCAAGGCCACCCGAACUGCGGUUUAUAACCCUGCACCAACAAGUAAAGGAAGCCCGGGUAACAUCCCACAGGGUGUGGGUCGAUCCGGAACCAGGCCUGUGACCCGCGCUGUGACUGUGAAGGACUCAGGCAUUGGGAAGAGGACAAUGAGGUCUGACAAGUCCUAGUGGAACUCUGAGACAAUUAAAAUGCCUGCCUUCCAUUCCAGAGUAGAAUUUCAUCCAAUCAGAGGAGUUAAACUUUUCACUUCAACUAAAUAGCUGUCGUUAAUGGCUGCACUCUUCCUAUCCUGUUCAGACCACCACAUGUGCCUGUUUGCAAAUUGAAAUGACCCAGGACAGUUGUCUGUCUGUGGGAGUCAGCCCUCUCUCAGCUUCAGGACUCAUCUGCCUGCCUGCCUACUCGGGAAUUACACACAACAAAGCAGCAAAUGUAAACCUUUAGGACAGUUCAUUUUCGGAACAUCUGAUGUGUUUGAGGGAGUCAUUCAAUGAACGUACCGUAUGAACAUACUAUGGGUCAGGCUGUAGUUUUGAGUCUUGGGACAUAUAUUAAGAGUGUGCCAUGGCAUGUAUACAUGAUUUCUUAAUUAGGUCAAUAUUCUUAUUAUGUUCGUGAGGGUGUUAUUUAGAACGAAACCCUUGCUUUAGCUGAAGAUGGAGGUAUAGGAAAUUAUCAUUAUUAUUUUAUUGUUAUCAUCAAGAUGGGUUCAUGAAUUAACUCUGCAAUUCUUUUUUCUUUUUCUUAAGUGGUGAAGAAGAAAGUGUUCUCUUAAAUCUACCAAAAAUAAUGGAUAUGCAUAAACAUGACCACAAUACAGAUUAAUUAUUUUCAGGAAGGGUUUUGAAGUUAUCAAUAGGUCCAAAUAUUUGCCGAUGAAAAUCAUUGAUUUAAGAUAUGUGUGUUUGUUUAUGUCAAAAACACUGUACAUUUAUUUAUAUGUAAAGACUAUAUAGCUGUGAUUCGUGUGUUCAGUCCUUGAAAUACUAUUCAUUACCAAGUUUAUUUUCUUCUCAAAAUCAGCACUUUGUCAAAUACAUUUUAUACUAUUCCUUCUGUUAUUUCCUCUAUCACAACCAUAUUUAAUUUGCCUUCUGGAUUGCUUCCCAGUCUGUUCAGUAAUUGUACUCCUUGUUCAAUGAUUCUCACGCCAGACGUUUGAGGAGUUCUAAACAAGCAUUAUUAUUUGUGGUCCCAAUACAUUUGUUUCAACCUUGUGUGUCAAUGUCAUGACAAAAUCUAAGCUAUACUGUAAUACGAGGUUUCUCUAACCUGUCCUUGGCCCUCCCCAGAUGUUUCACUUUUUUGUUUUUACUGUGAACUGUCCCACCUGAUUCAGUUAGUCAAAGGCUUGAUGAUUAGUCGACUCAUUGAACUGUGCUAGUUUACAUUUAAAACUAAAACAGGAAACAUCUGGGGAGGUCCAUGGGGAAAUUCGGGAAUCCCGGUUGUAAUAUCUAUGAAAUAACUUUUGUAAAUAUGUAUUUUGUUUUUUAUCUAAGUCGGUCUUGUGUUUAAUAAUGUUCAAUGCAUUUUGUAAAGAAAUAACUGUUUUACACCAGUGAGUGCUGGUAAGGGACUUGAAAAUGAAUAAAACUGCACAUGCAUUUC